AUGAACGUUUUUGAUAGUCGACUCAAGGCGAUCCCACCAUCACGAGAAUAUCGGGAUAAAACCAUGAUGAAUUGUUUGAGUCAUUUUGAUAAAUAUCAAGAGUGUAGGAGAAGUAAUUUAUCCAAUUUUUAUGAAUUGGGACAAAUAAGACCAUGCUUGGAAGAAUGGGAAACAUUCCGAUGGUGUUUCAAAGCCAAGUUUUUAUUUGAUGAAGAAUCGAAAGAGAGGUUGAAAACAAGAAUGAGAAAUGUGUAUGUGAACAUGGACAAAAUGCCUUGGAUAUGGAAAGACCAUUAUCUACAAUAUUUAAAGGAACAAGACAGACUUCCAAAACGAUAUUCAUAUCUCGUAGAAGAUCAUGACAUGGAGGAUGACAACAAUGCAAAACAACAAUAA